GCUCGCAAGAUGUUGAUGGGGCGAGCCAAGGUUCCCUCCCUCCAUCGGUCAACAAACGGUUGUCUAUUUUUCGGGGAGGAGCGCACCGAUAUUUUGCCUCUGAUGAGAUAUAAUGUUCCUUGCUUACAUAACUGUUCCAGGACAGGUCACUGGAUAUCAAAGAUGAUUGAGAGCAGAAUCGUACGGGACUUUUCGUUUUUAUUCCCGGAACGGUUCGCCCAAAUCAAUCGAUCAAAUUUUUUUCUUCUCAUCAAUCAUAAAAAAAGCAAAGCUCUAAGCGAUUGAAGAAACAAUAUAUCAUUCGAAAGGUUAGUUUUUUCUCUUGAUACUAUUAUACCAGAAAUGAUUUGUAUUAUUCUUUGUCGAAUGAUCCGAACUGGUAUUAAAUAAUUCAUGAGUAACUAACGUAUCCAGUAUUAUUUUCUUGCGGCGAGCAAGUUAUCGAAUUUCAAUAUUGGAUCGAGCCGAUCGCGCGUGAUUUUUUGUGAUCCUUUAUUGUUCUCGAAGGUCAUGGUGAAGUUUGUAACCGUAUAGCUUUAGUCUGAACCUGACUGUGAAGAAUCACCGCGACGAUCUUGCGAUGAUCAGAUGCGCGCUUUAAUUAGCCUAACGUAAGGUGCACAAGUGUAAAACGCGGUUACGCAAGUAAUUAUUCGGUAUAAACUUGACUGUUGAUUAAAGUUUAUAAUUUUGAGUCGACAAUAAUUCUAAAUAUUAUAUUAUAAAAUUAAUUCUUAGAAUUUUUAAUCCUUUGAUAACCAUGCGGGUCAGCAGUGAUCAGCGUUAUGGAUUUAUCUCAUUUAAUUUCAGAAAGUUACAAAGUAAACGAUGAGACAUUGGAAUGUUAGAUUAAAAAAUUAAUUCUUAAUAUUUUUAUCACGGUAACGACUGAAGAAUGUCACUAAUAGCCCGAUUAUACAAAUAUAUCUAUUUGUACGGUGCGUUAAACUUGAAUUAGAAACAUUACGCUUAUUGUUUUCUUCUUAUUACCUAAUACAUAAGGAGAAAGUCUUAUAAUAAAAUGUUUCUUCUAUAAAAGAGACUUUGGCGUGAAAAAUGAGGUGAUAAGAAGUUCGAGAGAUUUCUUGGGGGUCAGUUGCUGCUUAAAUGAUAACAUAAUAAACACGUAUGCAAGUAUCUCUGUUGGAUUGAAAAAAAAGGAGUGACAACUAUUUACCUCGCACGUUUCCAUUGCAGACGAGUGAUAAAUUAUAAAAUUGAAUCUAUAUAUACAUCUGAAAUGUGGCAUUUAAAACGCUAAUUAAUUUACACUCCACCGAUAUAGCGUUAACAGUUUGUCGUGUUGAAAAUUGAUUCAAGAAAAUCAUCAUUUGAAAAUUCUAAGAAAACAUUACGAAUUAGCAAAAUUUUCAACAAUGAAAUUUAAAAAAAAAGGAUGUUACCAUCGGUGGAAAAUAGUGCUGCCACCUGUAGGGACACAUGAAAUUAUUUGAUGCGUUAACCAGAUGUACCAAGUGACAUGCAUACACCUACACAUGGAAGAGGACUUUAGUCGUUGAAUUACAGAAUAUUAAAUUAGUUGUGUGUAGUAUGAGAGUACAACUGUCACACUGUCUUAGAAAACAUGGGAGAUAAAGAGCAUCACGUACACUUUAGUGGGGGAAGCGGUCUCGGGAAAGACAACAAUAUUAUGAUACAACCACAACGACAUGGACAAAUAGAUGCUCAUCUUGGAUUUUUACAACUUAAUCACAGAUACCACGUAGAAUUCUCGAUUCCUUGGAACCCAUGUACACACAAAGGUGGACAGAAUAAUCCCCCAGCAAUAACGACUGGACGUCAUAAUCCUAAUAGUCAUAUCAUUGAUUUGAAACAGGAAAAAGAUGGCCUAAAGUUAAAAAUAGAGCUGCUAGCAUAUAAGGAAAAAAUUUUAAAGCAGGAAGUGCAGGUAAUGUGUUGCAAGGAAGGAACCCCGUUGCAGAUUCAGUUGAACGCCCGCGUUUUAGGAAAAGACAAGGGUACACCGCUGCUGAGGAAUGGAAUACACAACGUUGGAGUGGACAAAGCAAACAUGGAUGAGGUCUCGGAGUAGAUCUCGUUGAUAACAAUAUUGUUACUGGAAUGUUUCUUU